AUGCAUGGAUCUUCACAACAAGCACAGACCACUAUAAAGCACGGCGCGAGUGUGGAGUACUUUGACUACUACCACUUUCGAUACAGCAGAGUCUGGGAUAGACAGCUCGAACAAUGGGAGGACCGUCUUGUCAAGGUCUUCCUCGAUGGGCUCGACUACAGAUGCACCAACGUUCCUUACGCAGGAUCCAAUGCACGAGCACACGCCUCGGGCGUCACCAAGGUCAGCUUGCUCGAAUCUCUCGUUAAGGAGUAUCAACGAGCUGGCUUUGAGUUGCUUGGAGGUUGGCGACGUGACGGUUGA